GUCGUUGUUUAAAUCCAUACAUGUGAAUUUAGUCGCGUAGUCUUAAGACGGGUCGGCCACAUGGGUUCUUUCGAUGCUUAUGGUCCGAAUUCGCAAGCCCUAACAUUCUUCGAUCCUGAAGAAAAUGAUUUGAUUGGAGGAGAUACACAGGGACCUGAUUAUGACUGUUCUGAUUUCACUCUGCCUUCACAGUCUCAAACACAAGCAUCUCAACUUGACCCUGAUAAAAAUUGCUUCUCUCAGCAGCAUGAUGGGUCCAAUACCAUGGAUGUACUGUCUCAACGUGUUGCUGACUUGGACUUCAAAGAUGAAGACAUAGAUGACUCUAGUGUUGAUUUACCAGAGCACGCGUGUGCUUACUGUGGUAUUCAUGACCCUGCUUGUGUAGUAUUUUGUAACACCACGAAAAAGUGGUUUUGCAAUGGCCGAGGCAACACCUCAGGGAGUCAUAUCAUCAAUCAUCUUGUUAGAGCUCGUGCAAAAGAAGUCACUUUGCACAAAGACGGACCUUUAAAAGAUACUCUCUUGGAAUGCUAUGUAUGUGGGUCCAAAAAUGUAUUUCUGCUUGGUUUUGUGCCGGCGAAGUCUGAGUCUGUCGUCGUACUCUUGUGUCGUAAUGUCUGUGCUAAUGCAAACAAAGACAUGUACUGGGAUCCUGCUCAGUGGCAACCGAUAAUUCAAGGACGUCAGUUUCUUGCUUGGCUUGUGAAAGUUCCAAGUGAUGAACAGCAGGCGAAAGCUCGACAGAUAUCGGCUCAACAAAUAAACCGACUGGAAGAAAUAUGGAAAGAAAAUCCUCAGGCGGCAGUGGAGGAUCUAGAAAAACCCGGUGCAGAUAACGAAGUUAACCCAGUGUUGUUAAGAUAUGAAAAUUCACAGCAGUAUCGAGAUGUAUUCACACCUUUAGUGGAAUUAGAGGCUGACUACGACAAAAAGAUCAAAGAAUCCCUAAAGUUGGAGAAUGUUUCCGUUCGUUGGGAGACUGCCCUUAACAAACGCCGGGUGGCUUACUUCCGGAUUCCUGGUGCCAACGAAGGCCCAGAACUACGUAUUAUGCAUGGGGAUGAGUUGAUCAUUCGUCAAUUCAACAGCCCGAACGAUUAUUUGGUUGGUGACGGUCAUGUUAUCAAAGUACCUGACAAUUUCAGUGAUGAAGUCGGUUUGGAAAUGAAGCAAGUCAUUGAUACACCUCUAGAGCCUGUGACUUACAAAAUCGAAUUUAAAUGGAAGUCAACUCCAUUCGAUAGAAUGCGACGAGCGAUUUCUGUUGUUACCGACGAACAACACGGUUUAUUACCACCAUACAUAUUCUACCGACUACUUGGCCAAGAAUUAGAUGAUAUGGUGUUGAAAUGCAACUUACCUAAACGCUAUUCUGCACCAGACUUACCGGAGCUAAAUCACAGCCAAGUGUUUGCCGUCAAAACAGUUCUCCAACGUCCACUUAGUCUGAUACAGGGUCCACCCGGAACGGGUAAAACUGUGACGUCUGCGUCAAUAGUUUAUCACUUGAACCAAAUACAUCAAAAAAAGGUAUUGGUUGUAGCUCCUAGCAACACUGCAGUUGACCAGUUAUGCGAAAAGAUUGACCGUACCGGAUUAAAAGUUGUGCGCUUAUGUGCAAGAUCUAGAGAAGCUCUAGCAUCUCCUGUCAGCCGUCUUAUGCUACACAUACAGGCCCAAAAUGUAAAGGGUCAUACUGAACUUCGAAAGUUACAACAAUUGAAAGAUGAGACUGGCGAGCUAAGUCAGGACGAUGAUAAACGUUAUCGUGUUCUAAAACGGGAACUUGAACGGGAACUCCUUAUGGCAGCUGAUGUAGUUUGCUGCACAUGUGUAACUGCUGGUGAUGCACGUCUGGAGCGAUUAAGUUUUCAUUCAGUUUUAAUUGAUGAGUCUACCCAGGCUACUGAACCAGAGUGUCUAAUACCAUUAAUGGUAGGCUGUCGCCAGGUUGUUCUAGUUGGUGAUCAUUGUCAAUUGGGACCUGUAAUUACGUGUAAAAAAGCUGCUAGCGCCGGACUAACUCAGAGUUUGUUUGAGCGAUUUGUUUUACUGGGUAUUCGACCUAUACGUCUACAGGUCCAGUAUCGUAUGCACCCCGCUCUUUCGGCCUUUCCAAGUAAUGUUUUUUAUGAGGGUAGUUUGCAGAAUGGAGUGACAGCAGAGGAUCGUUGCAAAAAGAUCGAUUUUCCAUGGCCAAAUCCAGACAGGCCUAUGUUUUUCUACUGCACAUCUGGACAGGAAGAAAUAUCUGGUAAUGGUGUAUCAUACCUAAAUCGAACAGAGGCAGCAACUGUUGAAAAAAUCGUCACAAAGAUGCUGAAAAUAGGUGUUCAUCCGAAUACUAUCGGAGUAAUCACACCUUAUGAGGGACAGCGUGCAUACUUAGCACAUUAUCUUCAUUAUUCUGGUUCCUUAAAUGCCAAAUUGUACCAAGAAAUCGAAAUCGCUAGCGUGGAUGCCUUCCAAGGGCGAGAAAAGGAUUAUAUCAUCUUGUCGUGUGUCCGAGCAAAUGAAAAUCAAGGUAUUGGUUUUCUCAAUGACCCACGUCGUUUGAAUGUUGCUCUCACCCGUGCUCGUUACGGAUUAAUAGUAGUUGGAAAUCCAAAGGCUUUGUGCAAGCAACCACUUUGGAACCAACUGCUACACUUUUAUCGUGAUCAGCAUUUACUCGUAGAGGGACCCUUAAACAACCUAAGUGAAUACAUGUUACAGUUUCCUAGACCCAAAGUUCCAUACACUUUCAAACCUGGUGGGCAUUAUUUGGCACAGCUCUCUGCAAAUCCCGCAUUAUUAAAUAGUAGUCAGUUAAAUGGGCAAUUGAAUACACACCCCGGAAAUCAAUUUAAUUAUCUUUCUCAUGUUUCAAAUCCGUCUCAACCAUGUUUUGAUAAUCCCAAUGGACCUACAGCCUUAGUAGCAGCUAUGGCGGCAGCAGCUGCUGCGGCUUACUUUGGAGGAUCUGGUUCAAAUACACGCCCGAAUGUCUCGACCUUAGGAUUACAUGGGUCGUCAGCACUCAACCAACCUGGAGCAAGCCAUGCUGCGGCCUAUGCUGUUGCGGCUGCUGCAGCUGCUCAACAUCAAUCAAGUCAACCGUAUUCUAGUCAAACAAAUGGUAGUUCCCAUAGUAUGCAUCAACUAUUAAACCAGUCAUUAUUUGACCAGGUUGGGUAUAUAGGACCAAAUCGACAAUAUGCCGAAGCCAACGCCAGUUCAAAUCUUCCUAUGCCACUCAGCAUGUUAAUGCCUGCUGGUCGAAUAUCGAAUCCUACCAAUACAGCAAAUCCGUUUGGCUCCUCUGGUCAUUUUGGCAAUGGAAAAUAUGGCACCAACCUUGGGGCAGCUGCGCCACUUGGUAGAUCAAUACAAGCUUUAGGUCCACUAAACGUGCAUCCCAACUACUCUCAAUUGAAUACGGGAAGUACAAGAGCGCCUGGCGGUCCUCUUCCUGGGAAUAAUGUGGUUGGUUCUGCAGCUCCUCGGUAUCUUGGAAAUGCACGUCGAAACUUACAGGCUAGUUCACAAAAUGCUUCGGUUGGCGCCUCAAAGUCACGUCAAAUUGAUGGGCCCAAUAGUCUGACCAACAUUUCUGCGGAACGCGGUAAUCCUAAUACUUCCAACUCAGGAGCUGGUCUACUUUCUCAACCUGGUUUGUCAGAAUUUUCCGGAACUCAAGGCACAUCCGGUCUUAGUAACAUAGGUGUAUUCAGUAGUCAAUCGCGCAAUUCAGGACUUUCCGGUUUAUCUCAGGUAAUCUUUGAUGCGCACAUUAGGUUUUACCGAUAUACAUGGUUGUUUAGUCAUAAGGAUAUUUGUUUCGUAGAUCUUUGUGAAUAGUUGUGUAUUUCUCCUAGCUUUGAUUAUCUGUUCGCUUACAGGACAACUAAGGUUAUUUUUGAUGGGUUAUUUCCUUAACCUCAAUGCAAACCUUCGUAAUUCUUUGUUGAGAAAUCUUAGGUCUCCGUAUUUGCUAACGUUUUUGCGCAGUGCAUUCUUAUUUUUAAUAUUUUGUAUCGGUUCACUAUCAAUGUCCAUUUCUCGCUUUCCUUAUGGAUUUUUAUUGUCCAUAUGCAGACAGAAUUUUUAAUAUUCACUUAUUGAUGCUAGUUUAUUACAAAUUCACCGACAGGUAAAACAUAAAAGCCUUAAAACAAUUGUAUAAGUUAUUUCAUUGGUGCCUUUUAUUUAAAGUCAAAUAUCAAAUUCUAAUUUAUGUUUCUAGGAGAGCACUUCGUUGGACUUUCGUCUUGGUCAGGGUGCCAGUCAAAUGGACAACUUGCUUCUUUCUCAAGAUUCCACGUUUCAAGGUGCAACUGUACCUGCGAGCAAAUUAAAUUCACAAAGGGGAUCAAAUUUGUUCGCUACUGGAAGCGAAGAUCAUACCAACAUAAAUUUCGAUUCCGGUCUGGUUAAUGGGACCGAUCUAGAAAAUAUUGGUGUCUCUCAAAACGCAGUCAGCUGUGCGAGCAGUGGUGCACCGCUCUCGCAGUUUUAAGAAUCUCUUCCGGCUUAACUUUGGGCCGCGUGUCAAUGAUCAUCAACGAACACAUAGUUUCCCAAGGGUGUCUGUCUACAGACAUCUGCAGCAGCGACGACGGAAUAAAUCGAUUAUUCGGAGUGCAUCACUUGGAAGUACAAAAAAUUAAAAAACCAACAUGCACUCCGAAGACUGCACUACAUGUUUUUAACCUCCUGACUAUACUAAUUCGUAUAAAUAUUUGGUUACAAGGUGUUGACUGUCAUUAUAAACCCUUCAAUAUACAAUGCUUUUAUUCUACUAAAAACCCGGUUGCCUUUCAACUUCAAAAAAGGAAGAAUGUGAUGCAGUUUGUAACUUCUAUUUAAGACUAAAAUGUUUUGUCGGUUCGUACGACGCGUUGUUCUAACCCCGUCCUCCUGUAGUUCGAACGCAUUUUCAGAUAUAAAGUCUUCGUUUCUUCGAAAAAUUGAGGAUCCUGUAGGCUGGAAUCAUGAAUUUUUUUUAUUUUUUCUUACUAUCUUUUGUUGCACUCUAAAGCCUUAUGAAAGUCCGUCUUGCAAAUGUAUAUCGCUGCCCAGUAGUAAUUUUGUGUACAGUUUGACCAUUCUGAAAACAUGGAAGAUUCAGUAGUGAAUAAUACUUACCAUCCCAAAGCUUCGCGCAUUGUUUCGUUCUCAGUCUGUCUUGCAUAAGCGCUGGUAUAAGGCUCUCCUCUUCAACUUUCGUGAUUUCUUUACUUUCAGGGUCACCUGCAGAAGGGUUGAAGUGUCAAAGUUUCAGCAACCAGCUUAACAUUCAAAAUUGCAACCAAGCUACAGUAAUACAAAUUAUUAGUACAGAAUUUAUGACAGGUACACCUUGGAAGUUAGAGUAAUUGUUCGGUCUAACUGCAACGCACUGGGUUGCGAAUCGAGUACUCAAAUCCAUAGCGGUGUUAGCUUUCUUA